AUGGCGGAAACUGCGACGGCUCCUACCACGGCCCCUGUGACUGGUGCACCCACGGCGCCGGCGAACACCGCAACCGCAGGGACCUCGAAUGCGCCCAGCGACCAGACUUCUGCCAGCCGGGGGCUGCCAUAUUAUGAGAAGCUACGGAGAGAGCUGAGGGAUACGAUACAGAAGAAGCGCCUCAUGGAUAAGAGCAUGGCUCAACUGGAAGAUCAGAUCUUCCGUUUCGAACAAUCCUACCUAGAGGAGACGACUGCCGGCAAUAUCAUCAAAGGCUUCGACAACUACAUCAAAGGGUCUUCAAGUGGAUCUAGUCUCGGUGCUUCUGGGCUGAGCCUUGGGACGGGUAUUGGUGGCCGGCGCAAGGCACAGGUGACGGAGGCAGACCGGGUCUUCUCCCGGAGUUCGGCAAGCUACAUGGUCGAUUCUCCUGGUCCUUCAUCAGUGCAAACAACCCCUUCCCACGCAGCCACCCCGACAUCUACCGCCGGUGGCAACGCCCCCUCAAAUAAGAGCAAUGGAGGGGAUUCGGCGACCGCAUCCAAGGCAGGCAGUGGUUCCUCCAAAAACAAGAAGAAAGCAAGUGGCGGAUCUAAAAAUACCAAGGGCAAAAAUCAGACCGAUGAAUUUUCCGACGAUGGAGAUAGCAAGCCGCCUGUGAAGCGGUUGAAAAUCAGCUACGGACGUGAUUAG